GUAUAACGGAGCCAUAUACACCGAGACAAAAUGCUGGAAGGAAACCUGCAGAAAACAUAAACCAUGCAGUAUUGAUAUUUUCAAUUGUGAUGACAAUCCAAAAGAAAUCAAUCUUCUUAAUGAUUUUUGCUCUAGAAAUACCACACCCCCCUAUGAUUUUGGAAUAUUUCUUGAAGCCCAUCAAUCUGGAAUGUUGCAGCAGAGGAGUUAUGCUGAGAAGAUAACGUUUUUCUUCAGAUGGGCCUUGCAGAAUAUCAGUAGUUUUGGUCAGAACGUCCGAACAGUUCAUCAACCAGAGGGAAACAUAAUGGUACUUUGUAUUAUCUACACUGCAGUGGUGUUGUUCUUCUUUCUGGUUGGAAAAUUGCAGCAAUCUCUGCAAGCUGAAGAUGAAGGAUGGGCCCGGAUACAGAAGUUGGGAGAGAUAAAGCGAUGGAAGCCUUUUGAAAAUCUUCCUGAGGAUCUUAAAUCUCAUUUUAAGAAUCAGAUUUACCGCUAUGAUGUAUUGGGGGAAAUUAAAGCCGUUAAUAUAGAAAUUAUUUUCAAUGGCCUUCCUGAGAAACUCAGAAGAAAAAUGAGUUACGAACUCUGUAAAGAUCUACUCGAAAAAGUAGAACAAUUUAAAGGGUUGAGUGAAGAAAAAAUGAAUGCUCUGCGUGAACAUGUCAGGCCAGUUUUCUUUCCUCGGCGCAGUCGUAUUAUCCGAGAGGGAGACGCAAUUGAUGAGAUGAUCUUUGUGGUGCAAGGCAGGCUUUGGAGCUACACGUCGAGGAGUGACGGUGGCAAUCAAAGAAAUGAGUAUUGGACAAAUGGUGACACGUGUGGAGAAGAACUUGUGGAUUGGCUUCAGGCUGAUCCCUGCAACUCUGACCUCCCAAUCUCAGUUAAAACUAUUCAAGCGAAAGGUACAACUAGACAACUUAUGAUAACUGUUAUGCCUGGAAAAGUAGAGCUGAUGCAGAGCCCAGUUAGCACAAAUGGUCAGAGUCUAGGCAGAUCCUACAGCCAGUCAGGCGCGACCACGUCGCAUGUUGGCGUGAGCAGCAUGCUCCUACCAGUGCAGUGGGUGCACGCCAGACUGUUGAGAGGCUGGAGGCCGUCCACGUGUCCAAUCCCUGCAUGAAACGAGGAAAUCAUACAAGUAGGUGGAUAACGGGAUGCAAAGAAGGAUUUGCAUUGUACCUGACCCCUUUUUAUGGAUUCAGUAAUCAUUACCUCAAUGUA